AUGGGUCCAGGGGGGGCGGACCCCCCGGGGGCAAGGACGUCGGCCCCAACGGCCUCGCCAUUGGCCGCUGGAGGGAGGGCGGCUGGGGGAGGGCUGUGGAUGGGCCAAGAGCGCGCGCAAGAAGCAAAGGACAAGGCGCGGUUGCGGACAUGGUGA